AUGCACGGAAAGCUAGUUGACGUGGAAAGGAACAGCAUUACGGAGGCUGGCCAGGGCAUGCCAGAGGCAUCGUCGAUCAAGAUGGACGCCAUCCGCAUCGAUCGAUUGACAUGGAGGGAGUUGUCCGAGACACAAAGGCAAGCAGCGAAAACCUUGAAAUUUAACAAGGAGGUGUGGGAUGAAGACAUUUUCGUUGACAUCUAUGAACGGGGAUGGAAUGAAUUGACUGAAGAGCAGAAAGCUGCAGCAAAAGUUUUAGGGUACAAGAAGGAUAUGUGGAACAAUGAUGAUCACGUUUGGAGCGAUGACAAGGACUGGAAACAUCUGAGUAGCAAACAGAAGACUGCUGCAGAAACUCUGGGGUACACAGGAAAAGAAUGGGAUGAGAGCCGUCACAUCUUCGAUAAGCGAUGGAAAGAUUUGAGCGACGGGCAGAAAGACGCUGCAAAAACACUUGGAUACAAUCAGAAAUUAUGGAAUGAUGAGAGUCAUGUCAAACUGGAUGAUGCUACCUGGAAGCAUCUCAACGACAAGCAGAAGCGAGCAGCAAAGACCCUCGGUUACAACGAGAUGUCGUGGAAUCGAGCAACCAAAGAGGGAUUGCAUUCUGUCGAUCUCGAAGAGAGACGGAAAAGGAAACAGAGGAUAAUGAACGCUGAGGUUUGGUGA